AUGAAUAUUUUCUCUGUGAAGUGGUAUUCAAAGUUAAAUAGUGAACCCGGAGCACAGUUAAACAGUGAACCCGGAGCUCAGUUAAACAGUGUAACCGGAGCUCAGUUAAACAGUAUACCCGGAGCACAGUUAAACAGUGUACCCGGAGCUCAGUUAAACAGUUUAAACAGUGUACCCGGAGAACAGUUAAACAAUGACCCCGGAGCACGGUUAAACAUUGAACCCGGAGCUCAGUUAAACAGUGUACCCGGAGCACAGCUAAACAGUGAACCCAGAGCUCAGUUAAACAGUGUACCCAGAGCACAGUUAAACAGUGUACCCAAAGCACAGUUAAACAAUGAGCCCGGAGCUCAGUUAAGCAGUGUUCCCGGAGCACAGUUAAACAGUGAGCCCGGAGCACGGUUAAACAGUGUACCCGGAGCACAGUUAAACAGUGAACCUGGAGCUCAGUUACACAGUGUACCCAGAGCACAGUUAAACAGUGUACCCAAAGCACAGUUAAACAAUGAGCCCGGAGCUCAGUUAAACAGUGUACCCGGAGCACAGUUAAACAAUGACCCCGGAGCACGGUUAAACAGUGAACCCGGAGCUCAGUUAAACAGUGUACCCGGAGCACAGUUAAACAGUGAACCCGCAGCACAGUUAAACAAUGAGCCUGGCGCACGGUUAAACAGUGAACCCGGAGCUCAGUUAAACAGUGUACCCGGAGACAAGCUAGCUAGAAAUCAAACAUGCCAUUUCCUCUUCUAUUUUUGCUAUAUUCUGCCCUUCAUUAAAGGGUGA